AUGUCGGAAUUACAAAACCCAAACACCUACUUCGACCUGGCCGACAAGGUGGCCGUUGUCACCGGCGGAUCUCGAGGCCUGGGACUGCAUGCAGCCACCGUUUUCCUCCGAGCGGGUGCAAAGACCGUCUUUGUCACCGCGCGCAAAGCAGAGGGCGUCAAUGCCGCUGUAGACCAACUCAACAAGCUCCCUGGCAUCAAAGGCAAGGCGAUCGGCAUUGCUGCGAACGUGGCGGAUACCAAGGAAAUCCAGCGCCUCGUAGGCGACGUCCAGGAGCACGAACCGCAGGUGGAUAUCCUCGUCGCUAACGCCGGCGCCUCCUGGGGUGGACCCUUCGAGCCGACCCCCGACCGGGCCACGGAGAAAGUGCUCGACCUCAACGUCAAAGGCGUCUUCAACCUCGCUCGGCUGUUCACCCCCCUGCUUGCCAAGGCUGGCACGCCCUCAUCGCCGUCGCGCAUCAUCGUCGUCAGCUCGACCGCGGGCAGCACCGUCCCGCACGUCGGCGAGCACGGCACCAUCAUGUAUUCGGUGUCUAAGGCUGCAGCGCAACAUCUGACGCGCAAUCUGGCCGUCGAGCUGGGCCCGCGCAACAUCACGGUUAACAGCAUUUCCCCCGGCUUCUUCCCCUCCAAGCUUGCCAACGGGCUGAUCGACAUUCUUGGUGGGGAGGAGGAGCUCAAGCAGGAGAAUCCCCGUCGCCGACUGGGGGUGCCGGAUGAUAUUGCGGCGACCAUGCUGUUUCUGGCCAGCCCGGGAGCCAACUAUAUUAAUGGGGUCGACAUUCCUUGCGAUGGUGGGAGAAGGUUGGUGCAUGUGAAAUUGUAA